UUUAUUUGAAAAGUGACUGGUUUAUCUGUUAUGCUGCAGCAUUGUUUCUCAAGAUUAAUGCAGAUUGGGACUGGUUUAUCACAUUAAGUGCUGCUGAUUAUCCACUCAUGACUCAGGAUGGUUGUGGAUCGAAUUGGCAAGGAGCAUUGCAAAGUUAAUUUGCAAGAGUCAGAUGAUGAACAUGAGGAAGAUGAAGAAAGCAGUGCUAAGGAAUCUUUGCUAGAGAAGACAUUUAAUGAACGGAAUUCAUUAAAUGCAGAUAAUCAUAAUCACAGAAGAUGUUUACCUUUCCGGUUGGUUCAUGUUCGAAACCGCCAGAAAAUUGUUAUUUUGGCAACUCUUCUAGUUAUUGUAAUAAUGUUGGCUUGUGCUGUUAUAAUCUGGAUUGGGAUGGGAAAAAACCCUAUUGAUUCUACAGUGGUGGCUCGGGCAUGCACUAUGCACAUAUCGAUACAUUUUGUAUUUUUCUUUCCUUGGUAUUUUAAUAGAAUGCUGUCUAGAUUUUCCUGA